CUUCAUCUGCUGUUGCUGCUCAAAGCUCGAAGAGAGCCUCCCUUUGAUCUCCUGUGGUGAACGAUUUUCCCCGCUUCCCUCUCUGUGUUCCGCGGGGACUGGCCUUUUACAUAGUGGGAUCAUCUUCGUGCACCCUUUGGAGAUUGAUUUGGAGAUCACUGCUUAGGACUGUCUAAACUUGCAGGUUUUUGGGGCGACUUGUGAGAAGCGUCUUAGGGUACUUUGGAAACAAGAGGUUUUUUCUAAUUGCUUUCAUCGUGUGGGGAGGAAGAUGUCCCUAUAUUCUUCAAAUAGAAAGAGGACUAGGGAGGACGAAGCAGGGCCUUCUAGUGCUGCAUCGUCUUCUAAUGGUGGUGGCUUUGAUUUCGACGUGUUUUUGAGCUUCAGGGGGAAGGACACAAGGGGCCGCUUCACUAGCCAUCUUUAUAAGGAGCUGAACCAGCGGGGCAUAUCUGCCUUCAUCGACAGUGAGGGCCUGCGGAAGGGUGAAAAAAUAAGCGAGCUCUUCCCAUACAUGGAAGCAACCCAGGUUUUUGUGCCUGUGUUGUCCAAGAACUACGCCGAGUCUAAAUGGUGUCUACUGGAGGCUGCCAAGAUGUUGGAACUUCACAAAGCUGAUGAGGAGAAUAGGUGGAUUAUACCUGUCUUCCUUGAUGUUGCUCCUUCUGACAUCAAAGAUGAUAGUGGAUCCUUACAAGCUUCUAUUACAGAAUGCCAGAAGAAAAGUAAAUUAGACAAGGAAAAGGCAGAAAAGUAUAGAUGUGUCUUGAGAACCCUUGGGCAAAUUGCUGGAUAUAGUCUCAUAACUGAUGCAAACGGGGAUGAAGCAAAAUUCUGCACCAUGAUAUGUGAUCGGAUUUCUGGCAUAUUGAAGCGGAUACCAUUUGGUAUGCAACCUAUUGGGAUUGAUUAUCAAAUAAAUGAGGUGAUGAACAUGUUGGAUGGAGAACCGAAUGGCAUUUCCGUAGUUGGAAUUUGUGGAAAAGGUGGUAUCGGGAAGACAACGAUUGCAAUGACCAUCUUCGAUAAGCUCUCUCGAGAAUUUAGAUAUAGCAGCUUUAUCUCAGAUGUCAGGGAAACAGCGAAGGAGCACAAGGACCUUCGCUGGCUACAAGCCAAGCUUAUCUCUGAUAUCUCAAACGAGAAAAGUGUAACCAUAGACAUGGUUGACAGAGGGAUUGGAAAAAUAAGAGAAAAACUUGGACACAGGACGGUCCUCAUAGUUCUGGAUGAUAUUGAUGACGCUGAACAACUUGAUGCAUUAAUAGGUGACCAAGUACAUAUGAAACGAGAGCAUUUGUUCGGCGCAGGAAGUAAGAUCAUUGUCACUACAAGAAGCAGGGAUGUACUGAUUGCUCAUGGUUUCAGUAUAUAUUGUCCCAAGGAGCUAGAAUAUCAACAAUCACUUAAAUUGUUUUGCCUUCAUGCAUUUAAGGUUAAGCCACCAACAUCGGAGUUUCUUGACUUAUCAGAGAAGAUUGUCAAAGUUGCAGGGGGUUUGCCAUUAGCUCUGAAAGUGUUUGGGUCACAUUUUUGCUCAUUAAAUGGAGUUAAAAAAGUAUGGGAGGUUGAGUUGGGAAAACUGCAAAAACAUUCACAUAAAAAGGUUAUUAAAAGACUGAAAAUAAGCUACGAUGGAUUGGAUUUUUCAGAGAAGUAUGCAUUCUUAGAUAUAGCAUGUUUCCUCAUUGGGUCAACUAAACAGCAAGCAUUAUGCAUGUGGGAAGAAUGCUAUGCUGCAGAUAGUGCAAUUAAUGUUCUCGAAAGCAAGUCGCUUAUCAGUAUCGAUGUUGACAAUAAGAUCAGAAUGCAUGAUCAAAUUCAAGAUAUGGGAAGAUGGAUAGUAAAAAAUGCAGGAAAUCUCAAUCCUUACAUGUACAGUAGACUUUGGGAAAGGGAGGACGUGUACAAGGUACUAAAGGUUGCCAAGAGAAAUAAUUCAGUGGAAGGUAUUGUUCUCAAUACAGAAGAGGAAUGUGGUACUGAUUUGGUCGGCACUAAAGCAUUUAAGGACAUGUCCAACUUAAGAUUACUGCGUCUCAAUUUUGUUAGCUUCCAGGAGUUUGACAUUACUGACUUUCCUGAAGGACUAAAAUGGCUAGAAUGGAAGGGAUGUGAGAUGGAGACUCUGUUUUUUGAUCAUAGGUUUAACAACCUUGUUAUCCUUAAUCUAUCACGAAGCAACAUCAUGCAACUACAAUGGGGACAAAAGCAGUUUUAUAGACUGAAGGUCCUUGAUCUUUCAUACUGUUCGUAUCUUGAACGUACACCCAACUUCGACUGCAUCCCCCAACUGGAGAAAUUGCUCCUUGAUGGCUGCAAUGCAUUGAAUGAUAUUGAUACGUCCAUUUGCCUUCUUAGAAACUUAAACAUCCUAAGUAUGAGGGAUUGUGCAUCUCUGGAGGAGCUGCCCAACCAUAUCGGAUUGCAACAAAAAGGGCAAAGUUCAAUGUCUAACAUGUCCAAGCUUGAGGAACUCAAUCUGCAAGGUUGUGAACAGCUUCAAUGUCUUCCUCGACUUCCAUCAUCUUUGAAAAGACUGCUUCUGCAAGGAUGUAAGAAGUUGAAAAUUGUUCAUGGAUUUGAAAAUUUGAAAUCGAUAGAACUAUUAAACAUGGAUGGAUGCGAAGGAAUCAACUAUUUUUUCACGUGCAAACUAUAUCAGGGGAAUACCUUCACACAUUUAGAGGAGUUGAGCAUUUCAGGAAUUAACACCAUGAGUGACGGCGAAAACUACUCUUUUGCAGUUCCACUUUGUUUAAGUAGUCCAUUACUUCUAGAGAAUUUGCAGUGUUAUGGGGGUUCGGGCAAUCUAUGCAAUGGCUACAUUAAAGUGUGUCUAAAGGAUAUGGAAGACAAUCAAGCAUUCUAUGAGACCAUACUCAGCAUCUACCGUGACAUUGACAAAGAAACUGAUGAUGUUUUGUGCUACACUGUUUCUUUUCCAAAAUGUGAUGAUAUAAAUUUAUUCAUCGGCCUUUCUGCACCUUGUUUAAUAUGUGUGUCUACGAUCGAUAACUUCCCUCUAGAAAGGGUUCAUAUUCUGCUUAAAAGCGCUAACAAAUGGAGUGGAAAGUAUUCUAAAGUGAUUCAUGUAGAUGAGAGUUCUGCAAAUUCAUGGAGGAUUUCCACCAAGCAAAGCCAACUUUUACCGUCAAUUCCGUUACAAGUAUCAGAGUCUACAUCCGAAAAUUAUACAUUCGGGUUCGAUGUGUUGGUCAGCUUUACAAAGGUAGAUAUUGUCCCAAAUUUCGUGGACAGUCUAUGCAAGGCCCUACAAGCCCAUGGCAUCCUCAUAUUUAAUGGGGAAGAUGAUGAGAGCAAGGGGGUCAAAGUUGAGGAAAUGCUUAAACGCAUCAACAAACUGCCCAUCUGCAUACCCAUCUUCUCGAAGUGCUUUUCUCAAUCAAAGUGGUGCCUUAGUUCAGUUGCCAAGAUGGUAGAAUAUAAAAAGUUGAUUUUACCUGUAUACUUUCAGGUGGCUCCUUUAGAUAUUGGACGUCAGAGAGGAGACUUUGGAACAUAUUUUUCAAAACAUGAUGAUGAAAAAAGAGAAAUUGUGGAAGGUUGGAGAAAAGCAUUGGAAGUUAUAGUUACACAAUGCAAUCACCAACUUAUCUACGAAACAAAGAGGUAUACGGAAGAAAUUAUCUCCAUCAUACGUGAUCGGAUUUCUAGCAUGUUAAACUCUAUUGGAUCCAGAGUACGUACUAUCCUGAUGGAUCCUCGUGCAAACGGUGUGAUGACACUGUUGGGGAAAAAAACUGACGGUGUUUGCAUGGUUGGAAUCUAUGGACAAAGUGGAAUCGGGAAGACGACAAUUGCAAAAGCUGUAUAUGAGCAACUAUCUCAUAAAUUUGACGGCAGUGCCUUCAUCCUUGAUGUUGGGGCCCUUGCUAGAACGGGCGAGCUUAUGUCACCAAAAGGAAAGGCACGGCAGUUUGGACGACAGAAAAAAGUGCUUAUAGUCUUUGACAAUGUUGAUGGACUUGAUGCAUUUGAAAGUGACCAAAUAUUUGAUCGAGCAUUGUUUGGUGAAGGAAGCAAGAUAAUUAUCAUAGCAAAGGACAAAAAGGAACUCACUAGUUGUGGACUGCAGGAGGUCAACAUUUAUUUUGCCUGCGAGCUGAACAACACGCAAUCACUUCGAUUGCUUGGGUACCAUGCAUUUAAAGGUAAGCAACCAACAGCUGAGAUUGUUGAAUUAGCAAGGAAGGUGACAGAAUUUGCUGGAGGAUUGCCAUUAGCUCUUGUGGUACUUGGCUCACUCCUUUCGAGUAUGAGAACCAAAGAAGAAUGGGAAAGCAUGUUGGAAAAAUUAUCAAGUGCUCCGGGUGAAGGUUUAGAUAAAGUACUUAAAGUAAGCAUGGAUGCUCUACAUCCUCAUCAACAACAAGUAUUUUUUGACAUAGCAUGUCUAAAAGAGUGUGCACCUUCACUAUGGAAGGACAUUGGACACUAUCCAGGCAAUACCAUCAAAUUUCUUGAAGAGAGGUGUCUCAUUAGCCUUGAUGCUCAAGACGGACCUAGGAUGCACGACCCCAUCCGAGAUUGGGGUCGAAGAUGGAUAGCACAAGAAGGCUACAAGUGCUCGACGCCGGCCAUGAACAUUUUUGGGUUGGAUCUUCAGCAGCAGAAUAUAUUUUUGGACAUAGCAUGUUAUCUCAUUGGCCGUGAAGAGGAGUAUGCAACUUAUAUGUGGGAGGAUUGUGGGUACUCUCCAACCGAUGCAAUCAAAGUUCUUCAGGACAGGUGUCUUAUAAGGAUCGAUGAGGAUGGCAGGUUCAAGAUGAAAGACUACAUUCGAAAUAUGGGCAGAUCGAUGGUUGAAAAAGGUGAACUCAGUCCUUGUAUGUAUGGCAGAAUUUGGAACGAGAAUUUGCCAGAGAGUCUUCGGGAUUGGGAGGGCUGGAGCAAUGAUCAGAUCGAAGGUAUUAAUGCUCUCCUUAGUUGGCAUUUGAGGGCUGUUAGGAUUGAAGCAAUGGGCAAUGUAAGAGUGGCCCAUCUUAUACGUUGCUAUUUCCUUCAGCCACAGCCUUUAAAGAAUCUCAGAUGGCUACGGAUGGAAAUGUGUGUUGUUGAUAGCUGGUUAUUGAAUGACGGAGGCAUCCUUGAGAAUCUUGUUGUCCUGCAACUGCAUUACUGUCGCAUGUGGUCGCGGGGUGAGGAAGACGUGGUCGUUGCAAGCAAUAAACGUCAAGUGGUCUUCAAGAAACUGAAGGUUCUAGAGAUCUUAGGUUGUCAACGUGUGUCUCUUGAUUUCUCACUCAUGCCGAGCAUAUUGAAACUGGUGAUUGAGGAGUCGCGGGAAUUUGAUGAAACUCCCAAGACGAUUGCGGGCCUUAGUAAGCUCAAAUACUUGAGAAUUACAGACUGUCAGGGACUGAAGAAACUAUCCAGCAGUGUCAGUAACUUGAGUUCCCUUGAAACCCUUCAGCUUGGAGGAUGCCGAAAGCUUCAAAAGUUGCCAGAAUGUCUGGGGGAUUUGGCAGCCUUAGGAGAACUCAUCCUUUCAGGCUGUCAGUCAUUAGAAAAAAUUUAUAAUUCCAUAAUCAAACUAAACCGUCUACAUACCAUCGACAUCAGUGGCUGUCGGUCUCUUCCAUAUCUUCCACAACUUCCAUCCUCUUUGAUCACUCUUGAUGCCUCUGGGUGUACCAAUUUGAGACAGGUCGCAGAUAUGUCAAGCCUAAAAGAUCUAAAGACUUUGAAUCUAGAUGGAUGUGAUGUACUUCAAGACUUACCUGGCCUACACAAUUUAAAAUCCCUAACAUUUUUAAAGCUGCCAUUUCAUAUUAGUCAGAGGGAGAAGCUGUAAAGUAGAAUCUUUUAUUAGAGACAGUUGCUUAGUUGCUGGCUGGUUUAUUUUUCAUUUGUUUCAUUUUCAGAGACUUCCUAAGAGAAGAACUACUUUUUCCAUCACUUCUGUUUUCAGGCUUGAAAUUUAGG